AGAAGAUUUAUUAGUAAGUCCGCCAUCCGCAUUCAUUCCCCUGUUCGUUUGCCCUCCUCAGAGGCUAUAAUGGGUGAUGCCCUUCUGCGCUUGAUCCAUUGCCGGAUGAUCACUUUCCCGUUUCGCCAAAAAAUGUUUACCCACUAACCAUUUUCCCCUGCUGAUGAGGAAAUCUUCUCCAAAUCCCCUUGAAGACUCUCUUGAAGCUUCCCAUUGUUCGCUGAUUCCCGGCUAAAUGUUUCGUUCGCGUUCGCUGAUAUAAUCUAGGCCAUUGGCGCUUCUGCUGUAUCGUAUCGCUCUCUUUUGGGUUGAGGGCCAGGUACCAAUCUCAAAACCUGUCCUCCUGUAUGUAUAAUUUUGUAGAAGCAUCAUCGGUUGACGAGGAGAGAAGAUGAUGGAACAUCAGGACAUAUCUAUUUUGACAACAGAACACAAGCAAGAAAUUGAGAUGCUGAAAACCUCUGAACAAAUUAAUAUACUUUCUACUCCCCAACAACUGUCUAGCCCUCGUUUUUGUGCCUUCUCAAAUCUAGAAAGUAAUGUUUUAGAGUCAGAACAACGAUCAAAGUCAGCCACAAAACUUUCUGGGCUUAUCGUUUUGUAUCUGAUUUUCAUGACAGUGGAGAUUAUUGGAGGCAUGAAAGCCAACAGCCUUGCGGUUCUAACAGAUGCUCUCCACUUGCUCAGUGAUGUUGCCAGUGUCUCCAUUUCUCUUUUCACCAUAUGGGCUUCAAGUUGGAAACCGACAUCACGUCAGUCCUUUGGAUUUGAUCGUCUUGAGGUUUUGGGAGCCCUUACAUCUGUACUUCUCAUUUGGCUGAUUUCAGGAAUCUUGAUCUACGAAGCGAUUAACAGAAUACUUCACGAAAUGGCAAUGGUGAAUGGGAAGAUCAUGUUUGCAGUGGCAGCAUUUGGGUUUUUGAUCAACUUAAUCAUGAUCACGUGGCUCGGCCACAAUCACAUUCAUCAUGGUCAUGCCUGCUUGCACGAAGAUCAUGACCAUGAGAAGGAGGCAGAAUGUGCAGCAACCGCAGAAGAGAGCACCGGUCUUGUCUCAAGUUCUCUGAAAGAGAGCAAUACAUUGAACAUAAAUCUCCAAGGACCUUACCUUCAUGCCAUGGCCGAUCUUAUUCAAUCCAUCGGGGUGAUGAUAGCUGGAGGCAUUAUAUGGGCGAAACCGAACUGGUUGGCUGUCGAUCUGAUAUGCACCCUCAUCUUUUCUGUUUUUGUUUUAAGCACUACGAUAUCUAUGCUUAGAGACAUAUUUGGUAUAUUAACGGAGAGGACUCCAAGUGAGAUUGAUCCUGUGAUGCUCGAGAAAGGCCUAAGGUGUAUUGAAGGAGUUAAUGCUGUUCUUGAUCUGCAUGUUUGGUCCAUAACCACUGGGAAAAUAGUGUUGGUAUGCCAUAUAGUAGCUGAGCCUGGAGUGAAAUCAAAUGAAAUUCUUCACAAGAUUAGGGAUUACUGUGAAAAAACAUACAGAAUUCAUCAUGUAACUAUACAAGUUGAACAGGAGUAAUUACAGAAAUCAUAGUUCAAUUUUAUCAUAUCACCCCC